AUGAAGUGCCUGCUCCUGACUAUCAUACUGUUUGGCCUUUUGGCUGUUCUACAGGCCCAGGAUGAGCUGCCCUUCCUCUCAGAUGAAAAGAAACUCUCAGGUGUCUGGUUCCUAAAGGCCACAGUGAGACAAAUGAGACAGACAGAGGGGCAAACUCUGGUUGCGUUUCCGUAUAGACUCACAUGUCUUGAAGAAGGAACCUUGGAGCUCAGGAGCACUUUCAUGUCUAAGGGACGGUGUAUUAAGAUGCAACUUCGCAUGCAGAAAACAAAGGAGCCUGGCCAAUAUAGUAUCUAUUUUGGUCAUAACCUCUUCAACUUCUAUGAGCUGCCAGAGAAGGACCACUACAUCGUUUACAUGGAAAGCGUUCCAUUUGAGAAAAAAUUCCAAGAAGGACACCUCAUAGGAAAGUGUCCAGAAGAAAACCUAGAGGCCUUGGAACAGUUUAAGGAAUUUAUACAAUGCAAAGGACUUCUUCAAGAAAACAUCAUUGUGCCUGAGCAGAGGG